GUAGAAGAAGAAACGAGCCGUCCCUCUGACAGAAAAUGGCUGGCCUGGAGUGUGGCGAUACAAUUAUUACACUGCGAGCAUAGUUUAAAGGUGCCCUGCGUUCACACGCUGCUGUUGUUGCAUUUGCAAGACAAGCACGAUGUUUAAAAAGGCGAAACGAGUGAACUUACGGCGGAGGAAUGAGUCCGACGAGGAUGAGAAGGAGGAGAGUCAGCAGCUGGCGCCGACAUCGUUCGGGCCUGUGGUGGAGAUCCCGUUCAUGGAGACCUCCAAUAGUAGCAUCACCGGAGCACCUAGCGGCACGGAUAGCUUUCAUAGCAACGGCUUCCCGGCUAAUAUUAGCAUUUUGAGAGCUGUCAAGAAAGAGAAGAAAGCGAAAGAAGCAGCACCAUUGCCAGUUCCUACGAAAGCUAGCUUGCUGAGUUUCGACGACGAAGAAGAGGGAUCCGAGGUGUUCAGGGUGAAGAAGCCAAAUCACAGCAAGAAGAUUGUCAAACAGCUGAAGAAGGAAUACAAGGAGGAUUUGGAGAAGUCUGGAUAUGUCAAACACGAAAUCAAAUCAGAGGCUACACCUCACCUUGCGGGUGCCAUAAAAGAGGAGAUUACAAGUGGGACGUGUAGCGAACAGGGGGAGGAAGAGAUGGAGGUGGACAGUACCGACGAACAAGAUGACGAGGCGAGGGGGCAAGGCGGUCAGGCACAUGGUCAAGUGUCGAAGGGCAACGUGGGAGCGUCAUCAUUCAACACGCUUUCCUCCCUUGGCAGCUUGAAACCAGGGGAGAUCCCCGAUGCAGCGUUCAUCCACGCCGCCAGAAAGCGCCGUCAGCUGGCCAGAGAGCUGGGCGGCGACACCCCUCUGAUAGAAACAGAAACUCCAAAGAAACGCCUGGUGCGAGAAGACCAAGACGGCAGCGACGACGAGGACGAGGAAGAGAAGAGGAUCCGCUUUAGUGGAGUCAGGAACAAAAGCCAGAGACAGAAGAUAGCAGAGGAGAUAGGUAUCGAGGGCAGUGAUGAUGAGGCGCUGGAUACAGGUCAAGAUGAGGAGGUGAGCCGCUGGGAGCAGGAGCAGAUUAGGAAAGGAAUCAGCAUACCCCAGGUCCAAAGCAGCCAGCCGGAAGACAACACAGUCUACUACCAGAACAGCUAUGAGACGCAGCCCUAUGGUGCUUCCUACAGCAUGCCUUUCACCUACAGCACAGUGGCCCCACAGACCGGCAAGCCAACUGGCCGUGCUGACAAUGGCUCCGUUCACUUCGGGGCUCCUAUUAGUGAUCUAACCCCGGUAUCCAUUGUUCUGGUAAAGAAACGCCUGCAGGAUAGGCUCAACCAAAUGCACGCAGGGCACAACGCGAACGUCAAGCGCUUCAAACAGAUCCGAGAAGACCUCGCUGCUUCCGAGAGUGUCAUACAGCAGCUGGAGGGUUCGUCCAAUGACAAUGCAGAUCAAUAUAAAUUCUUGCAAGAGAUGCGAGGGUAUGUUGGAGACUUGCUUGAGUGUUUCAGUGAAAAGGUGCCUGCUGUCCUGGAGCUGGAGGCUGCCAUGCACCAGUUACUAAGGCAACGGGCCUCACGACUUGUCCAGAGAAGACAGGAUGAUAUUAAAGAUGAAUCGGCGGAGUUUGCAAGCCUUUCAAAUAAAGCUGUCAUGGCUCCUAAUCUAGACCCGUUUGGUCGAGACCGCGCAGCCUACCAAGAGCACAUUCGUCAGAGGAGGAUAGCUGAAAGAGAAGCAAGACGAACACGGCGGCGGCAAGCGAGAGAGCAGAAUGGAAAGAGGGCUGAGCACAAAGAAGGCUUAUCAUCUGAUGAUGAGGAAACCUCUACUGACAUCACCAGCUUCAACAUGGAGAAAGAUCGUAUCAUCAAGGAAAGCAAGAAAGUGUUUGAGGACGUGGUGGAUGAGUUCCAUUCCCUCGACUGCAUCAAAUCCCAUUUCGAAGUGUGGAGGAGAAACUACCCCGACUGUUACAGAGAUGCUUACAUAGGCCUCUGUCUGCCCAAGCUCUUCAACCCCUUAGUCCGCCUGCAGCUGAUCACGUGGAACCCUCUCGAGGCUCCGUGUGCGAACUUCGAGUACAUGCUCUGGUUCGAGUCGCUGCUGUUUUACGGCUUCGAGGAGAACAGCACGUUGCAGAGAGGAGACGGGGAUGUCAGCUUGCUGCCUGCCAUCGUGGAAAAGGUCAUCCUCUCCAAACUGACAGUGUUGGCAGAACAAGUGUGGGAUCCGCUCUCGAGCAGCCAGACAGCCAAGCUGGUGGGCUUCAUCCACAGACUGUUAAGAGGUUAUCCCACUGUGCUGCACGGGGACAAUCGAUACACACAGGAGCUGUUGAAAACAAUCGUCUUGCGGACGAGGCGGACUCUGGAUGAAGACGUCUUCCUUCCACUCUACCCCAAAAAUGUCUUGGAGAACAAGAAUAGCGGUCCCUACUUAUUCUACCAGAGGCAGUUCUGGUCCUGUGUGAAGCUGCUGGGUAACAUCCUGCAAUGGGAAGGUAUCUUAUCCACUUCCUGUCUGAAGGAACUGGCGUUGGACAGCACCCUCAAUAGAUACAUCCUCUCUGCGCUCCAGACAACAGAUACGUCCGAGGACAAUGUGGAGAAGUGCCAGAAGGUGGUGGAGUGUUUGCCAGUGCACUGGUUCUCUGGACUGAAGGGCCAGCAGACGUUGCCUCAGUUGGAGCCGUUCUGUCGCUACCUCACUCACCUGGCUAACAUGCUGCACCGCAGCAGCUUGGGACGGUCCGACGUCGAGCGUCACACUUCCAAGGAACAGGUCAAAGAGGUUGUGAAGAUGUUGGGCCAAAUGAACGCCCUGGACCACAUCAUCAGCGUGGCAGCAGAGCAUGGCAUUAAAGACAUCAAACCGCUUUUGGAAGUGAGAACAUAGAGGACGACACGACCUAAGCAGCUUUUCAUUUAAGUGUUUGGCACAUUUCCAGCCACGGGAUCACCAAGUUGGUAAUCCAGGAAAAAAUGUGCAACAGCGGACUCGAAAUAAAACUCAACGGACGUGACCAUGAGUAGAAAAUAGAAGUUGGAGACACAUAGUUGUACAUAUUGUGAAUAUUGUAUAGAAAGUAAAGAAUGCUCGUGUAUUUGACCCCUGCUAUUCGGUGCACAACGCUCGGUUCGGUAUGAAACUUCGAUUUGUUACAUCCUGUGAGUUAAACAGUUACCUUCACGUCAACAAACUUACACUCCCGGAAUAAAAAUACAAGAGCAUGACCUCCACGCGGAUAACGUCUUCUCUGCCAGUUGUCCGUCGGCUUCAGGGAAGUCUGGAAAGCUGGGCAGACACUGAGUCAGUGUUAUUAAUGCGUGAACCCGCACUACGCACCAAGUGCGAGUUAUAACCGGCUUUCCUGCAGACAGGACCUGCAACGUCAGAGCUCGUUGUCAACAUAAACACCAAGUUCUCUGUUGCUUUUGUGCAAUGACAUUCCAUACAAGGUGGCUAUGUGCUCAUCAUUGAUGCAAAACAAAAGAAAGAAUGAAAGUAAUUCAGUAAAAGGUGAUAUUGGUAAAUCAUGACUAUGUCGUAUUGCGUUUUAAUUUUUUAUUCUGUUUAUCAUUGGGAGAAUUGACAGUACACAGCAUCGUAGUGCCUUAACUGUCUCAAUAAGAAUUAUUGCCUGUGAACGGGUUCUAACUAUUUUCAUUUUUGCGAAUGAAAACUGCUGUGACUCCAAAACCAAGGUUGAUACCGAGCCAUGAGUUUUGUGUACCGCGACCCUCUUGUGAUAACAGUGUUUAUACACCUACACAAGGCAGAAGAUGGAACGAGGCCUUGCAUCGUCAGCUAAAACAGACUACUCAUUUCUACUACGCUGACAGUUGAAUGCAUCAUUUAGUAGGAGUCGAAUUCAGUCAACUUCUAGUAACGUUUUGGAAAAAGGGUGCGAUCUCUGGGUGGACGCUGCGUUCACCCCGGCUAUGUGUAAAAUCUGUCACUUCUUUCACACUUCUUUUUCUGUAUGUGCCAAACGUUAAAGGUAUUUUCACCCUGGCGAACAGUUGGUGUGACAACUGACACGGUCGUUGCUUGAUCCAUGGUUCAUCCUGCAGUACUUUUCUGUCAUCUACAAAAUGCUCGAUUUGUAAAAAAAAAAUGAAAAAAAAAAGAUCUGUUUUAGUUAUUUGCCUGUGAAUAAAAUGUACAUUUGAA